AUUCCGGUCGUUAGUUGGGCCUAAAGUAAGAGAGGUUUGGGCCAUAUGGACUUAAUAAUAAACGUGGUUCAAUGUAGUCCAUUCGAGGGCAACAACAAAUAAGAAGUGGACAUGUGGUCAGUGGCAAUUCCGUGGUUUCGAGUGUAAAGGAGUGGCAAUUUAAUAAAGAAAGAAAGAAAAGAGAGUGCCAGCUUAAACCUCGGCCCUCCGUCUCCGUUCAAACCCCUCUCUCUCUCUCUCUCUGUGGCCAUUCUUUUCUCUUUCUCUCUGAAUCCGCCGCCACGCCUUCACCAUGGCUUGGCUGAGCCGCCUCAGAGGAGUUGUGUCGGUAACAAGGCUCGCAGCGACGCGUCGAUCGUUUGGAUCAGCGGCCGCCUUGGAGUUUGACUACGACUCCGACGACGAGUACUUGUACGGAGAUGAUGGCCGUUGCGCGGAGCCGAGGCUUGGGUUGGAUGGAUCGGGGCCGGAUAGAGGAGUGCAGUGGGUGCUCAUGGGAGCCCCUGGAGCUUGGAGGCACGUCUUCGCCGAGAGGCUCUCCAAGCUUCUUGAAGUUCCUCACAUUUCCAUGGGAUCGCUUGUCCGUCAAGAACUCAACCCUAGAUCUUCUCUCUACAAGGAGAUUGCAAGUGCUGUAAAUGAACGAAAGCUUGUUCCAAAGAGUGUUGUGUUUGCGUUGCUAUCAAAGAGGCUCGAAGAAGGCUAUCUUAGGGGGGAAACUGGUUUCAUUCUUCAUGGCAUUCCCCGCACUCGUUUUCAAGCCGAAACUCUUGAUCAAAUCGCUCAGAUUGACCUCGUUGUCAAUCUUAAAUGCUCUGAAGAGCAUCUGUUAAACCAAAAUACUCUAAACGAAACAGCUCUGCCUCGGCAAGAGUUCCUCGGCUCUAUGUUACACUCACCUGUUGCAAUCAAUUCUGGGAGGGAGACUCUCGGUGUCUACGCACAGGAGGUGAAGCCCCUGGAAGAAUACUACAGGAAGCAGAGGAAACUUCUAGACUUUCAUGUUGGCGGUGCCACAUCAGCAGAAACAUGGCAGGGCUUGUUGGCAGCUUUACAUCUGAAGCAGGUGAAUUUGCCGACUUCACAGAAGCUGACUUUGUGAUGAUGAACUACACAGUCAUACUGCAAAGGCUAGAGUUAAAUCCUCUUGAGCUUUGCUUUAUAAAAUUUUGAUCUUUUUCUUUCAUUUUAUGGGUCUUUUUUUUUUUUUUUUUUUUGUUUUCAAAAUCUGUAAUUCAAGUUUUGCGAGAGAUCCAAAGUGACGAGGAUGAUACAGUAGAGCUUGUAAUGAGUCUAUUAUAUAUACAACAAAGAUUUUCCAUC